AUGAAUAGCCGAGUGGAGGGCCCUAGACCUGAUUCCCUGCUCGCUGUCAAUGAAGUGGCCGGCGGGAGACUGAAAUUAAAAGAAGUGAUGUUGACGGCCACGGGUCGUGGUCGCGGGAAGGACGCCGCGGCCAACGGGGCGGGCGGCCGAGUGGUAGGGGUAAGGAUGCAAAAAGCAGAAUUACUGGCCGCCGCGGUUAGGUCGCGGCGACCUGGGUGCUAG